AGCCGCCAUGACGAUGGAGCUGACAUUCCUGGGUACUGGCUCGGCGUAUCCGUCCCCCAGCCGCGGGGCCUCGGCCGUGGCGCUGCGCUACGAGGGCGAGUGCUGGCUUUUCGACUGUGGAGAGGGAACUCAGACCCAGUUCAUGCGGAGCCAACUGAAAGCAGGCAAAAUUUCAAAGAUUUUUAUUACUCAUCUCCACGGUGACCAUCUAUUUGGGUUACCUGGUCUCUUGUGCACUGUGAGUCUCCAAAGUAGUUCUCUCUCAAACAAACAGCCCAUAGAGAUUUAUGGACCUAUUGGAUUAAGGAAAUUUUUGAGGACAAGCAUGGAACUUUCUCACUCACAGUUGGUCUUUCCAUAUGUAGUCCAUGAACUGGUUCCAACAGAAGAUCAAUGUUUCCCUGAGGAAUGGAGGGAGCCCUCUGCACUGAAAACAGAUGAUCAGCUUCAUCCUCAAGAAUUGCAAGGCAAAACAAUUUAUCUUAAUCCUCAGGAAGACUGCUACAAUCUUGUCACUCAUGAGCAGUUCAUCGUAAAGGCUUUCAGGCUUUUUCAUCGUAUACCAUCUUUUGGCUUUGUAAUUGAGGAACGAAAACGACCAGGAAGACUUCAGACACAAAAACUGAAAGAGAUGGGUGUUCAUCCUGGACCUUUGUAUGGGAAACUAAAAAAUGGACAAACCAUCACUCUAGACAAUGGAGUUACAGUUUUUCCAAUGGAUGUACUGGAAGCUCCUCUUCCAGGUCGGAAAAUAUGUAUUUUGGGGGAUUGCUCACGUAUUGUGGGUGACAUGAGUAAGAACCUUUGCCUUGAUGCAGACGUGCUGGUACAUGAGGCCACACUAGAUGACAGUCAGUCAGACAAAGCUGAGGAGCAUGGACACUGCACUCCAAAGACUGCUGCAGAGUUUGCAAAAUCAUGUAAAGUUAAACGGCUGGUUCUUACUCAUUUCAGUCAAAGGUACAAGCCUACAGCCCUUACUAAUGCUGGUGAUGAUGAUGUAAUGGAACUGAAGACACAGGCGAAGCUGGUUUUGGAAGAUCAGGAAGUGACACUGGCUGAAGACUUUAUGGUUAUUGAAAUCCCUCUGAACAAGACUAAACAGGAAAUAAGCUCUGCACAUUAACAGUAUUUCAGAAGGGAACAUUCGUCUAGAUCAAGGAAUAACAAGUUAAAUUUUACAGCAAGACUAAACUGCAAAUGUAGGUUUUAUAAAUUUACAUUGGAAGCAUAAUUUAUCACUGGAGUAAUCAUCAGUUUUUAAUCUCUAUCUUUAAUUAAGUUGACUGGAGACAGCAAUAAUGCUGUCAUUUUUUUUCUUGGUUUCCGUGGUUUGAAUGUUGUAUGCUUAGAAUCUGUAUGUUGUACUUACUCCUGACUUUCACUGUGCACUGUGCCUUGUUUAAGGUUAGCUCAUUCUGUGUAUGAAAUUUGGGGUAACUGAUUUAUUGAUUUUGUUUUUUCAAACAAGCCCCCUGUAUGAUGAGAUGAAUUCAAGCAAUUGCUAUGGAAGUAAAAGGGUAAGGGUUGGAAUUUUGAGCACACUUGUUGGCUGCACAGUGAAAUGUAUUUCACACUUUUCAAUUUGGAAAUAUCUAGCCACAGAAGACAAGUAAUUUGAAAUCUAACAAUUGAACAUAAUUGUUUUUCUAUUGUUCUUGAGUGGAUGUCUAUGAAACCUAUCACAGUUCUCGAAGUUUAUCCAUUGAAUAAUUGAAACAUGCAAACAGAUAACAUCUGAUGUUCUGUCCUACUUUUAUCCUGAAUUGUAUGUCCGUAGUGGGACAAUGUUGGGAUGUUUUCAAUGGAUCAGUUUUUGCAGAGGGAACUUUGUGUGUUAUUCCUGUCUAACCCACAACCAGUAACCCAGUAGUAGGUCCCAAUUGUGAAUACUAGGUGAGUACCGAGUUGUUCAAUAUUAAUUACCAAACAGUUUCUGUUACUCCAUUCUCUUGGAAGAAGUCCUUAAAAAAGAAAAUCUUCGAUUAAUAACAUUCAAAUACCAGCUUGUGUAAUGUGAGCAAACUGAACAAUAGUAACAAUUUCUUGAAGCCUAGACUGUGUUCCAGAUGCAGUACUGGUCUUCUGAUAGCUUGCUUAAAUGACUAUUCUUAAUCUAAAUCUGGAAAAUGAAUCUUAUCCCCGACGCUUAUAAAUAUACCCUGUACUAUCUUUAUUAAUAAAGUUAUUCAUAUAUCCUAGAAAAAGCAGCUUUUGCUGAAUGUUUUAUAUAACCUCAUGGAUAAUGCCAAACCAAACUUGCGCAGUGGAGUAUGACCAGCAACACUGAAAUUGAUGAAGAGGUUGAGUAGGGCUAGCAGAUAAUUCGGGACAAAAUCACACAUUGCUGUGGAGAGAAAGUAGAGCUAACGUUUUGGAUCCAGAUAAUUUGGUGUGCAGCUUCAGUUCAUCCUGCUGGUUGAAGAAUGGGUGUUGUCUAUUCUGACUUGGCCUCAGGAUUGUUAAUAAUGAAUAAAUUUAGCUUGUGUGGAAUGUUUCAUUUUGUUCCAUUCACUCCUCCCAAAACACAAAUCCAAAGUGUAAUUUCAAUUUUGCAUUGAUGUCAUAAUUUGAACAGUUACUACACCACUGAGAUGGUGGUUGAUUUGAGCCAAUAGCAUCUCUGAGUUGCCAUUUCAAUUUUA